AUGCCAAGUCUUGGAAAAUUAAAGUACAUGGUGCUAAUGCGUGGCAGCCUCUGGUGGCGAUGGUGGAGGGCAGCAAAGGGAACUGAGAAACCUGCUUCAUCCCUGGUGCUGACGUCACACUUGCGUCAGCGGGGACUUCCUCACUGGACCUCCUAUUUUGUGCGGUAUAGCGAUGUGACCAGUGAUCAGCGGGGAAAGUCACACUUCAACUGGAAGGUGGAUGACGUGAACUACCAUAUUCUGAGGACUGGAUGUUGGCCUUAUAUCAAGUACCACUGCUCCCAGCGACCCUAUCAAGACCUCUCCACUGAUGACAAGUUCUUCCGGGCGUUGAAGGUGAUGAACCUUGCUUUAGGCUCAGAUGGUCUCCCUUGCCUGGCCUAUGGCUUUGGUGCUUCUUUGCUCAUCAGCUUCCAGGAAGACGUGAAGACCCCUGAGGGAACAGUCACCAUAUAUUUUCUCUACGAAGAAGAUCGGGGAGCUAGGCAUUGA